AUGUUCAGGAACAAUUACGACAACGACUCGGUCACAUUUUCACCCCAGGGUAGAAUAUUUCAGGUCGAAUAUGCUCAAGAGGCUGUCAAACAGGGCUCGGUGGUAGUCGGUGUUGUCAGCAAAAAGCAUGUCGUCCUUACCGCCGUCAAGAGAAAUGCAGAAGAGCUCUCAUCAUACCAGAAGAAGAUCGUUGGUGUGGACGAUCAUCUCGGAGUCGCCUUGGCCGGCCUUGCCUCUGAUGCCCGCGUCUUAUCCAACUUCAUGAAGCAACAGUCCCUGUCCUCCAAAAUGACCUACGGCCGCGCUAUCCCCGUUGAACGUAUCGUCAAUCAGAUUGGCGACCGAGCUCAAACGAACACACAACAUUACGGCAAGAGACCUUAUGGCGUCGGAUUAUUGGUUGCUGGUGUUGAUGAUCUCGGCCCUCAUCUGUUUGAGUUCUCGCCUUCAGGCUUGACACAAGAAAUGCUAGCCUGCGCAAUCGGCGCUCGGAGUCAAAUGGCAAGAACAUAUCUAGAGCGUCAUCUGGACAAGUUCGCAGACUGCAACCGAGAAGAGUUGAUCAAACAUGCUUUGCAGGCACUCAAGGAAAGUUUGGCGCAAGACAAGGAGCUUACGAUCGACAACACGAGUUUGGCAGUAAUAGGCAUUUCAGAAAAGGAUGGGAAGAAGAAGCUAGAACCUUUCAAGUUGUAUGAUGGUCCUGACGUGGGUCCGCUGCUCGAUGCCAGUCUUGAUCAAUCAGGUGAGGAUGCCAUGGAGACAGAUUCUUAG